UAAUUUAAUUUCUAAUUUAUUUCCAAUUACGCGAAGAAACCAGUGUGGAGUAGUAGGAUAUUGCAGGUGUAACCUAUUCAAGUGUUGUUGAUUCUCGUUAAACGACCAGUGAAUUUUAAUAUAUAUUUUAAAACAAUAAUUUAAAACAAUGGAAUAUACGUUGGAGGACGCUUUCGAGACGCUGAAGGAUAAGAAGGCGGAAGUGGAGAAAAAUAUCGAAGAUCUAAUAAGCCAGAUAUCGAACAACAAGAUUUUCGCUUUGAAACCAUCCAGUUCGCUGGAGGACGUGAGAAUGAAACAGGAAAGAUUGCACAAGAGCUUGCGAAAGGAAGUCGAAAUGGUGGAACCUGAGGAUUAUCCGAUUGUGAGAACAUCUGACUUGCGUGUACAAGUGAUGACCGAGAUGGAGGCAGAGAUUCGCGACAUGCAAGAUCUCCUCAAUAGUCUACAACGAAAGCUUUCCGAGAUCCAGGAAGACAUCGUAUAUUUGAGAGAUAAGAAAAAUGGACUGGAUAAAAUGCGGGAAGCUUAUCUGGAUAUCACGGAGACCUUCACAAACAAGACAUACGAAGAGGAACAUAUCCUAACAAAACGUAUAUUUCAGCAAGUAAAAAAUGAUCUGUACACUGUGGUAGAUACCAUAAUUCCGAACAACAAUGGCUUUAAAGAAUUAUUAGCGGCACUAACGUCAGCUUAUAUGAAAGGAGGAGAUGACAUCUAUGUAGAUGUCACGCCGAAUGUUGUAAAUUAUAUAAAUUUUCUACUGGAAGCUGAUAUAAUACAAUACCAUCGUAACGAUAGGACUAAAAUCAGAAUGACCGAGUUGUUAUGAUAUUCGAUAAAUUAUCUAAUAUUUUACAACCUCGUGCUACAACCGUGAUGCAGCGUAAUAUAAAAUAAUAAUUGACAAACGUGAUAUCAAGUCAGAAAUAGAAAAAUGCUCACUUAUAAAUACCACAAAUACCACAAGUAAUAUAGAAAAUAUUUUCUACCACAA